AUGGACCGCCACUCUCGCAGCAAAGCCAACUACCAGUCAUCGAACGACAGCACCUACUCCGAGGGAGAAAGCUCCGAAGGCAUUCAAUCCGACACUGAUCUAACGGAGCCUGAGGUUGACGACGCUCAGCCAUAUGAUGCUGGCGAUGCGGCCCUACUCUUUGCAGAUAACCAGCACCCACCGGAGUACUACAUUCAGCAACUUAGGAACUUUGACGAGACAGUCUACACACAGGAAGACUAUGGCAAAGGCACUAAAGCCCUUCUCGAUCGGGUUGAGGAGAAAUGGUCCCAGUUCUGCUCUUUCCUUCGGAAGGACCCGCAGGAGGAAUACCAACGCCUAUCGAUCCCAAUCCUGUAUAACUUCCUAGAUUGGGUUCUCAACUUACGGCGAGGUAAAAAUGGAAGAAAGGUUCCAGGUAUCAAGUGCAAGAGCUCUCUGGACACGUUCUGGAAGGUGUUUCGGCUAGUCUACGAGAAGACCACUUCGGACAAGAUCGGAAAGCAGAUGAACCGUCAGAUGCGUCGGGUUAUCCGGCAAUUAGCCAAGAAGCAUAAGCUAUCUUCUAAAGGGCGCGACAAGACUUCUUUGGACGUUGAGGACCUUACAAAGGUCGUAGAGACCACUAUCAGCACGACCAAGAAGAAAUUUGGCCAUGGUCGCCAUCGUAUUGAGCUUGGGCUUUUCUUGCAACUCGCUGGCCUCACAACAAACCGUCCUCAAGCGAUCUUAGACCUGAGAUACCGUCAUAUCCGGGUCAGUCUACUCCGCGAUCCUCACGGGGGUCCUCACCGGAUCGUGAUCGAAUUUACCUUCGAAUUCACCAAGGAAUGGUUGGGUGCUAAGGAUAUGAAUACUUACAUUCUCCCCGAAAUCAUCUUUGACCCGUCAUUGGUCCUUAGCCCACAUGUAUUUCUCUUGGGUCUGGUCUUCGCUGACCAUGCAUUUGACCGCGUCGACGGCGAGGAGGUGCUUGUAUCUGCAAACCAGCUCCCUCGACUGCGAAUCCGUGAUGAAUGCAAUGAACUACGGCUCCAACUUGACCCAAAGCUGGACGAUGUGCCAAUAUUCCGAAUGUCAGAACGUAGUUUGCAUGGAAUUGGCAUAUCCCCAGACCAGCCUCUCCCCUACUCAACUUUGGAGCCAUGGGUCAAGAAGAUCGGUGCAAUCACUGGGUUUCAACAGGUAACUCGUCCUUACAGCUUACGCUAUGGGGCUGGAACAGCCUUGGACAGCAGUGGCUCUGUCAGCGAUCCACUUCGCAAUCUCAUUAUGCAUCACGCCGACACCCGCACAUUCCUAAAGUACUACCUUAGCCGGAGAAUUUCCAAAAAUCUUCCUGCAAUUAUUCGCGGUCUUAACCCAGAAGACGAUAUAAUGCGCGCCGCUUGCCGGAUGAGCCGAACCAUUGAUCCGAACCGUCCGCAGGAGCUAACAAGCCAGCAAUCGUCAUCUGUCAACCAACUGCCCGAGAUCCUUGAGCUAAUACGCCGACGCAAUGAGCUUAGUCAGUUUCUGGGGCGUCCUCUUUCCCGGCACAAGGGGACGGCAAAGUACAUGGCGUACAAGAAACUAAACCAAGAAAUAGCUGGGGCGAGACAAAGGGCACGGAACUCGUUGCUCUCGCAGAUACAAUUGAAAUACGACCGAGAGCAGCCAAUGUUAGAUAUUCAGCAGCAGUUAUCCGGGGUCAAGCUUGCUGAAACUGCGAAUAAACUGUUGGAAUGCCCCGACCAGAUGCCUAUUCUACAAAAGCGACUCGUCGAGAGCCUUUUCACCCUGCCGCGAUCCACACUAGAAGAAGAGAUGGAUCGACGGACCGAAGCAGUCGAUGCAGUGUCUGCUUAUUGUCAGUUUCAGGAAGGCGACACGUGCCGUUUGCCACGGAGCAAGCAGCUAGAGGACAUUUUCGCUGAGAUGGAGGUUCUUGACAACCGACUAGUGGAAAGCGACGCUAAAGAGAGCAGUCCUCAACCAGUAACGCCUCUUGAAGACGCCCUUCAAUCUGUCAUGAAGGAUCAUCGGCCUCGAUUUUGCUUUAUUUGUCUGGGCCAACCGGACUUGGAUAUCAAAAAGCGCAUUCAGAGAUUUUCAUCGCAUGGGGAUGUCACUAAACACAUCAAGCGAAAACAUCUUCAAAAUCUUGCGUCAAGCACAGUCCUUGCGUGCAACGUUUGUGAUAAAGAGUUUGCCGAAGUCAUGCACUUUCAGCGUCAUGCCGAUGAUUCACAUUCAACUGUGACGGGACCUCUGUGGCGCAUGGCUGUCCACUAG